AUGGAGACAGAUGGUAAAAGUAGUAAGCAGAGUGGUAAACAGGUUACUCAGAUCAUUCAGAAAACUACAUGUACUUUCUUCUGAUGAUUUAGAGUUAAAAGUCCUCAAUCGAAAAAGAAGGUUCAAGCGAAGAUAAUUCUUAAGGAGCGUAAGAAGAGUAACAGAAAUUCACGUCUUAAGAAUCUGCCAAAAAUGAAAGUCUCUGAUAUGAGCCAACCGAUGUGCAAGGACAAAAAAGAACUGGUUAAUAAAAUUCCACUUCCUGAAAAGAAGCAAAGCGAGUUAUCAAUGAAUCAGGCUUCUGAAUCUUGACUUCUUCCAAUACAAUGUUCAACACCGAACGUUUUCUCUUUCAAGAGCAAGGAUUCUAAAAUGGAUCAAGAUUUGAACAUGAAGGCUUUCCAGAAGUUCUUAAUGCCAUCUGAAUCCAGGAACUCUAUGGAGAACUCCUCUAAAAACGAGAGUGAUCGAGUUAAAGACAUCACUACAUUUCAUGAAGGCGAGAAUUUAAAUGUAAAGAAAGAGGCUGAUGAAUCCAAACCUUCGGAAAUAGCUGAGGAUAGCCAUUUGCCUAAAAUAAAGAAUAAUCCAGAGUUGCCUUCCCAUGACGCACAAAACUUAAUAAAUGAUGCUGAAGACUGUAUCCGCAAACUUGAUGAUUUAUUUGAAAGACAGGCCAAAUCUUUUCUUGAAGAUGACUCAGUUUCAGCAAUCACCAAGAGUAAAUCAGACUGAGAACCCAGGAAAGUUAUCCGAAGGAAAGCUAGAGGCAAAAAGAAAGUGAAAAGAGGCAAGAAAGCUAAGAAGCAAGGAGUGUCCAAGAACAAGGCUGAGCCUUGUUAUAAUAUUGAUUUUUGGAAAAACAAGGUCUUCUCAGCAGAGAGAAGAAGUGAUUGAUCAGAGUAUUACAAAGAGAACUGAGAGAAGAACAAACCUGGAUUAAUGUAUAAUAAUGAAAAUGAAGACAUGUACGAUGAUCUAGCUAUAAAGUAUUAACUGUAAAUCUCAUAUUUAUUCAGUUAUAAUGGCUUAAUUCAAUAAUGAA